ACUUCGCUGUCCACCGUCCCCAGGAAGGAGCGCGCACUGACGCAACACGCAGCAGCAACAAGUCCGCCAACAUGCCGAGGUCUUUUCUCGUGGAUUCCUUGAUUUUAAGGGAGGCCAACGACAAAGGGAGCGAGAACAACCCUCCUCUGUUCCCCUACGCCGUGCACUCGCCGCACCAUCCGCACGCGCUGCCGGGCUCGUGCCACUCGCGGAAAGCCGGGCUGCUGUGCUUCUGCCCACUGUGCAUGGCCGCGUCCCAGCUCCAUCCGUCCCCACCCACCCUGCCGCUCCUCAAGGCGUCCUUCCCCCCCUUCAGCUCGCAGUACUGCCACUCGGCUCUGUCCAGGCAGCACUCUGCGUCCAGCGGGAUCAGCCUGAGCCACGGAGCCGGGAUCUACCCGGCUGCGUACUCGGUCCCAGACCCGCGGCAGUUCCACUGCAUCUCCAUCGAAAGCAGCAGCAACAAACUUCAGAGCAGCAAGCGCAUGCGCACCGCCUUCACCAGCACGCAACUCCUGGAGCUGGAGCGCGAGUUCACCUCCAACAUGUACCUGUCCAGACUGAGGCGCAUCGAGAUCGCCACGUACCUGAACCUGUCGGAGAAACAGGUGAAGAUCUGGUUCCAGAACCGCAGGGUGAAGCACAAAAAGGAGGGGAAGAGCGGCGGCGGCCAGAGGACUGCGUCACACAGCUGCAAAUGUUCCUCCUUGUCGGCCGCCAGGUGCUCGGAGGAGGAGGACGACGACACCCCCGCGUCUCCGUCCUCAUCCGUGAAGGAGGACGUGGACCUGUCCGUCUCCCCCUGAACUGUCUCUCUUCUCUAAAACAUUUUCAUCCUGAUGGU